UUAAUCUCAAUUUCAAUCGGUUAAUUGCUUUUCUUUUGUUGUUGUUAUUGUGUUUGUUAAAUUCUAGGGUUUCGAUCCUGCGAAGAACGAAGCUUUAAUCGAGCAAAAAUUGGGGUCAAUUGAGACAAUCGCGAACUUUUUAGGGGGUUAUCUUGCAAAAUUCGAGCAAAUUGUUGGUGUUGAAAUUGUAUUAGAGAGAAAAAAAAAAAAAGAGAGAAAGUUAGGUUUUUUUUUUAGUUGUUGGUGUUAUUUUAUUGUAAUUUAGUUUCAUUUUGUAGUAGCAUCUCAAAAUUUAAUGAGAAUUUGUCUGAAGUAUAAUAGUACUCAUAAUUUUUGAUUUUUUUGUUUUUCAGUUUUGAUUUUUUUUACCUUUUUGUUAUAUUUGAUUGUUGUAUUUGUAGUGGAUUUAUUGGAGGAAAAAAAAAAAAGAAGAGAAAAUUUGUGAUUGAAGGUUUAUUUUUGUUAUAUGCAAAAAAAGAUAAGAGCUUUAUAGAGUUUACUGUGUUUUAAUUGAGUUAUAAAAAAAAAAAAAAGGAUAAAAGAAGAAAAGAAAAGGAAAUAGUAGUUAUUUGUGUUCUUGUUUGUGGAAAGAGGAAGCACAAUGAGUAGCACUGCAUAUGGAAUAUCUGAACCAAUUUCAACUGGUGGACCAACUGAAUUGGAUGUUGUUAGAAACCGCGAAUUGGAAAAGCUUCUUGCAGAUGCAGGCUUGUAUGAAAGUCAUGAAGAAGCCAUUAAAAGGGAAGAAGUGCUAGGGAGAUUAGACCAGAUUGUGAAGACGUGGGUGAAAAAUGUCUGUCGUGCUAAAGGCUUCAAUGACGACCUGGUGCAUGAGGCAAAUGCAAAAAUCUUCACAUUCGGUUCAUAUCGGCUUGGUGUACAUGGCCCUGGCGCUGAUAUAGACACACUAUGUGUUGGACCUAGGCAUGCGAUGCGUGAGGAUUUCUUUGGGGAACUUCAUAGAAUGCUUGAAGAGAUGCCUGAAAUACAAGAACUUCAUCCUGUUCCUGAUGCUCACGUUCCUGUUAUGAAGUUCAAGUUCAAUGGGGUUUCUAUAGACCUUCUUUACGCGAAUGUAUCUCUCUGGGUUAUUCCUGAGGACUUGGACAUCUCGCAAGAGUCCAUACUACAGAAUGUGGAUGAGCAGACUGUUCGUAGUCUUAAUGGAUGCAGAGUAACAGAUCAAGUUUUGCAUUUAGUACCCAACAUUCAGAGUUUCCGUACCACACUGAGAUGCAUGAGGUUGUGGGCAAAAAGACGCGGAGUUUACUCAAAUGUUACCGGAUUUCUUGGCGGUAUAAAUUGGGCGCUACUUGUUGCUCGGAUAUGCCAGCUUUAUCCUAACGCAGCUCCUAGCAUGUUGGUCUCUCGGUUUUUCAGAGUCUACAGUUUGUGGCGCUGGCCAAACCCAGUUUUGCUGUGUCCAAUAAAUGAAGGAUCUCUUGGGCUUGCCUAUUGGGAUCCUCGGAGGAAUUUCAAAGAUAGGCAGCACCUAAUGCCGAUAAUAACUCCAGCAUACCCCUGCAUGAAUUCUAGCUACAAUGUUUCAACGAGUACCUUGCGUGUUAUGAUGGAAGAAUUUCAUAGAGGGAAUGAAAUUUGUGAGGCAAUAGAAGCUAACAAAGCUAGCUGGGGGAGUCUAUUUGAGCCUUUCCCUUUCUUUGAAGCCUAUAGAAACUACUUGCGAAUAGACAUAGCUGCAGAAAGUGAGAAUGACAUGAGGAAAUGGAAAGGAUGGGUUGAAUCUAGGGUACGCCUGCUUACUCUAAAGAUUGAGAGAGACACUGCCGGUGUACUUCAAUGCCAUCCACAUCCGGGUGAAUUCUCAGACAAAUCUACGCCAUUUCACCAUUCCUAUUUUAUGGGAUUACGUAGAAAACAAGGUACUAAUCCUCAACAAGGUGAACAAUUUGAUAUAAGGUUGACAGUUGAGGAUUUUAAGCGAGAUGUAUAUCAAUAUUCUUUUUGGCAAUCUAGCAUGUGGAUUCAUGUGUGUCAUGUAAGACGAAAAGAUCUUCCUAACUUUGUCUUCCCUGGAGGAGUACGUCCUGCUCAGCCUGCAAAAAGUGAAAGUCGUUCAAAAUCACUUGGUUCUGCUAAGACAACAUCUCCAGAUGCUGCUUUUAGCAGAAAGAGAAAACAUGACGAAGUUAAAACAGGUUUUAGCUCAAAAGAGUCCCUGGCCGUGAGUUGCAGUGAUGCCAGCUCACCAGGUGAAACUAGAGAGUUGAAACGAUUUGAAGCUGAUAUUGGUGAUACGUUGAGUAGUAGUGGUACGCUUGUUGAUAACCAAAUUGAAGUUUCUGUCAAAAGUACCUCGCCUGUGCCUGCAUCAGAUGCAGCUGUAACAGAGACAAUAGCAGUCAUUCAAUCUGCAGAACCGACUGUGGGCCAGCAAAGUGCACCUCAUGGUGUUGAAGAUCUUGGGGAUGAACUGGAGUUGACAAAUGGAGUUAAGCAUUUUGAUGGAGGCAAUGAGCUGCAGACGGAGCCCCCUACAGCAGAGCAAACAUUUGAGGCAGCAACAUCAGAGGAAAAGGACAUAAGUGGUGGUUCUAGCCAUAAGGUCCUACAACCUGAAGGCUUGGAAGAACUUGAGCCGAUUGAGCCAGCAGCGUCCUCCAGCAUAGCAUCUGCUGCAUUUGUGGUUCCUCAGAAGCCUCUCAUUAGGUUUAAUUUUACUUCUUUGCGGAAAACAACUGAGAGCACAUGAAGAAAUGUGCACUGACAACCACAUGCUGGGAUCGAGUACGCGAAGCACAUCGGAAAACUUUUUUUACUGGUUUAAUGAAAAAGAUGCGGGAGAAAAAUGGAAUAAAGAAAGAAAAGGAGAGCUAUAAUCCAAUUUUGGCUGGUGGGUGCAAGUACAUCUUGCAAUUCUUAGGCUAUGCCAUGAAUGUUUCUAAAGCUAGAAGGGAAAAGGAAAAAAGAAAAAAAGAACUGAAUCCAAUUUUGACUGAAGUUGGGAUUUCUUGUAAAUUAUCAGUUGUUUCUUGCUGUUGAAAAAAAAAAAAAAGAAAAAAAAACCCAGUUGUUUCUUGCUCAAUUCCCACCUUUCAUAAAGACAAGAACUCAUCCUCAAGUACCUUUUGGGUGCUGAUUGUAAAUUACAUGGAUAAUAUCUAAAUAAUAUGUACCUCAAUGCUAUGGUUUAUGUAA